UGGUGGGCGUGUUUUCGGUGGCACUGCUGCAUCACUGAAUGACAUGAGGAUGUGAAAGAAUACAGCGACAGCGAGACGGACGGAGGCUCGUUUUGGGCACAUGAUUUUCAAGCCAUUCACGAGCGGACUGAUAUUUACGAUGAGGAUUAUCAUAAGGACUGACUGAGGAACGGUCUGAAUUUGAGCCUGAAGUCUUCCUCACCUGCCAGCCAUGGACUAGAGAAGAGGACUGUGUGAUUUUGGACAUAACCAUGGCGGUGAGGUGGCUCAUCUCCCAUUGAGAACACAAAAAAUGAGAGCGUGAAGCUGCAGUGCAGGCAGCGCAGCCACAUGUUUCGAUGACUCUGGACAUGGAUGCGGUCCUGUCAGACUUUGUUCGGUCCACGGGGGCAGAACCGGGUCUGGCACGAGACCUGCUCGAAGGUAAAAACUGGGACCUGAGCGCUGCUCUGAAUGACUAUGAGCAGCUCCGGCAAGUCCACACUGCCAACCUGCCCCACGUCUUCAAUGAGGGCCGUUACUACAAGCAGCCGGAGCGAAGCGGCACCCCGCAGCACAUCAGCAAACCUGAGCAAUGCCUUCAGAAACAGGAGGACAACACUCAGGAGAAGCGUCUGUCCCGGGGUAUCUCCCAUGCCAGCUCUGCCAUCAUGUCUCUGGCCCGACUGCAGGUUUCGGGGGAUUGUGCCAGGGAGCAGUUCCCCCUGGAGAUGCCCAUCUACACAUUCCAGCUGCCCGACCUGAGUGUGUACAGCGAGGACUUCCGCAGCUUCAUCGAGCGUGACCUCAUCGAGCAAUCCACCAUGGUGGCUCUAGAGCAGGCCGGUCGUUUGAACUGGUGGUCCACGAUGUGCACCAGCUGUAAGAAGCUACUUCCACUGGCCACAACUGGAGAUGGAAACUGCCUUCUGCACGCGGCCUCGUUAGGAAUGUGGGGUUUCCAUGACAGAGAUCUGGUGUUGAGGAAGAGUCUGUAUGCCAUGAUGAAGAACGGGGCGGAGAGAGAAGCUCUGAAGAGAAGAUGGAGAUGGCAACAGACUCAACAGAACAAAGAGUCGGGGCUGGUGUAUACUGAGGAGGAAUGGGAGCGAGAGUGGAAUGAACUGCUGAAGCUGGCUUCCAGUGAGCCACGUACACAUUUCAGCAAGAACGGCACCUCCAGUGGAGGAGUGGACAAUUCAGAAGACCCGGUUUAUGAAAGCUUGGAAGAGUUCCACGUCUUCGUUCUGGCCCACGUUCUGAGAAGACCUAUAGUGGUGAUAGCGGACACCAUGCUCAGAGACUCUGGAGGUGAAGCUUUCGCACCCAUUCCUUUUGGAGGGCUGUACCUGCCUUUGGAGGUGCCUCCUAACCGCUGUCACUGUUCCCCGCUGGUGCUGGCUUACGACCAGGCCCACUUCUCCGCCCUGGUGUCCAUGGAGCAGAGAGAUCAGCAGAGAGAUCAGCAGAGAGAGCAAGCCGUUAUCCCACUGACCGACUCCGAGCACAAGCUGCUAGCUCUGCACUUUGCUGUGGACCCGGGGAGGGUCUGGGAAUGGGGGAGGGAUGACAACGACAACGCCAAGCUGGCGAAUCUUAUUCUGUCACUAGAAGCUAAACUAAACCUUCUGCACAACUACAUGAAUGUAACGUGGAUUCGAAUUCCAUCUGAAACAAGGGCUCCCUUGGCUCAGCCUGAGUCGCCCACUGCCUCUGCAGGCGAGGAUGUACAAUCUUUGGCAGAAUCCAUCGAUUCGGACCGGGAGUCUGUUUGCAGUAACUCCAACAUCAAUAGCGGCAAAUCAAAUAAGGAGAAGGACAAGGACAAGCAGCGGAAAGACAAAGACAAAACUCGAGCAGAUUCGGUAGCAAACAAGUUGGGAAGCUUUAGCAAGACGUUGGGUAUAAAGCUUAAAAAGAACAUGGGUGGCUUGGGAGGACUCGUCCAUGGCAAGAUCAGCAAGUCCAACUCAGCGAACGGACGAACUAUGGAGAAUGGCGAGCAGAAACCUAAGAAAAAAGACUCGAAAAUACGAAAAGGCAGCAAGGAGGAGUCAGGUCAAUCGGCCAGUACGUCCUCUUCAGAGAAGACGACCAGUCCUUCUCCUACCGACCGUGCAUCUGGUAGCUCACCUGUCGAGAGACAAACAGGAUCGGGCAAAAACUCGGGUGACCGGACACUGGACAACUGGAAGUACAGCACAGACGUCAAACUAAGCCUGAACAUUCUUAGGGCAGCCAUGCAGGGUGAGCGCAAGUUUAUCUUCGCCGGCUUGCUGCUCACCAGCCACCGGCACCAGUUUCACGAAGAGAUGAUUAGCUUUUAUCUGAGCAGCGCCCAGGAACGUUUCAGUGCCGAGCAGGAACAGAAAAGAAAAGCAGAGGGCGAGAAGAAAUCACAGACUAAUGGCGUCGCACUGAAGAAGCCGGAGCAGGAGAGCGCUUUUCAAAGAGAGUGUUCGGAUAGCUCUCCACCUGAGAGUUGCUCGCCGGUUUUGCACCCCAGCCAUAAUCCCAUACAGGCCGUGAAGGUCCAAGAAAGAGGAAGCCCAAAGCUUUCUGCUUCUCCUAUCCCAAUACCCAUCACAGCGUCCAUUUCAGGAUCCUCCAUGUCUCCCAUCCCUUUCUCCUCUCCUAGUAAUGGUGCUAAGAGAUCCGGACCGCUCCCCGUUUCAGCCCACUAUAGCCAUACGCCACCUAUCCAGCGGCACAGUGUCAUCCACCUGAGAGAUGUCAAUCUGCAGUCAUCCAGCUAACAGGAUGAGCCCUACAAGCCGUUGGUGGGAACGCUCAAAACGUGUGCCACCUACCCUCAACAAAACCGUUCACUGUCCUCUCAGAGCUACAGUCCAGCCCGCAUGUCUGGGAUUCGUACCGUCAAUGCCGUAGACACCUUCCCCUACAACAUGCCCGGGGAACACAAGUCACACACAUACACCAACGGCUUCAAAACCGGUGACAUCCGGGACUGUCUGGAGUUCGCGGAUGAAGACCCGGUGCCCCAUGGUUGGCUCGGGCAGGACAAAACCAAAGGACAGAGCGCUGUUUGUCCGAUGUACUGCUUCCAGCAGAAACGUUGCAGGAGGGACAACUGUACCUUCUAUGGCCGGCCUGAGACUGAGAAUUUCUGCUCCUACUGUUAUAGAGAAGAGCUGAAACGUAGGGAACGGGAGUUGAAGGUGCAUCGACCGGGAUAGCGCGUCACGUGUAUGGCUGCCACCGGUGUGUGUGAAAACAACUGCAGCGUCACAACCUUUUAGCACUUUGCAAGCGAUACAAAGAACUGGCAUAACAUUUUCCUACUAUAUUUAAGAUCAGCCUCCUUGUAUUCUUGUUACUUUACUCUCGAUAGCAAAUGCACACUGCUUUAAAAUGACAGGAAGUGCAACCAGAAUCAGUUUACAGCUUUGGCCAGAGAUUGUGUUAUUGUUUGUCUUACGUCCGAUUUAAUUCAAUCUUUUACUUGUUCUAGAGUAAAAGCUCUCGUCUGUGCAUUUCGCUCAGUCUAUGUUGUAAAACUCCUUGUACCUGCUGAAAGAGAUAUGUCAUGUCAGUUUCUAAAAGAGCUACCCAAUCAUCAAUGGGGCAACUCUGUUUAGAGGUCAUUAUAAUGCAAUAUUUCACAGCAUAGCUCUUUGGAAUCUCAAUAUUGAAUACCAUAGAUUUUGCUGUGCAUUGCAAAUAAUUAAGGGAGGGAGAGGGACUGUUCAAUACUGGAUUUUUUUUUUAAAGCAAUAAGUUUGGUAACAACCGCUAUCCCUCCCGCUUUUAUCUAUGCAUUCAUAACGUCAGCCAUAUUUUCCCAUGUAAUUUUAAGGGAAGUGGGUGGAAUUAAAUGAGAUUGUUGUGAAAUAAUUAUUACUGUGGAAAUAUUCAAUAUGUGACAUAUCAAAAUGUCCUUGCAGAUUGAUAUUGUGGUGUAAACCGUAUGUACAGCUCUGAAAAAAUAAGAGACCAUUCCAAAAAUAUUGUCAGUUUUCCUGAAUUUGAUAUUUAUAGUUUUAGUUAACAUUAUCAUUUUUGUGUUAUUUUGUAACAUUCUGUUUUUUUCCAAAUUCCAAAUAAAAAUAAAGAACACAAAAGAUGCAGAAAACAUCAAAUACUGCAAAGUUAAGUUUAUAUUAAUUUUUAAACAACAAAAUACUAAUCUAUUUAAGAAUGGUUAUUAAAAUAUAAUAUUUGAUGGAAUAACCCAGAUUUUUAAUCUCAACCUUCGUGUGUUUUGCAUUCUCUCAGUCUUUCACAUUUUCUGUUGGGUGACUUUGUCGCUCUGGAGGUUUUCUUUUUAUGUUAAAAUUUACCUUACACUGGAAUAAAAUGGACGCCGUACAUGUAGAAAUGCAGAUUAAAGGCAUUUUUGUGGUCUCUUAUUUUUUUCAUAGCUAUCUGUACAUACAAACACUUGUUUUUUUCAUCAUGCAGCAUAAUGUAAUAUAAAUCCUUUUCAUGGGAGGGUUUGCAUUGCAUCAUGAUAUCAACUGAAUCCUCACUAUUGUGUCCAACUUGACAUGUAAUACAGUAAGCAUUUGACUUCCAUUCACUGCUGCCUGUAUGUGCAAUAUACAGUAUAACCCAGUCAUGCUAGUAAAUCGUAAAUAUUAAGAAACGUCUUUGAGAAAUGUUCCCUGAGGAUAUAAGUAUGAAAUGCAAACCCUUUUAUGCGUCAGCAGUGGACUAAAGGUGGAGAGUUGUAAACUUUGUAUGCGUCAAUUGUUUAUUACCUUCAAUGGCACAGCUUGGCUAUAAGUGCCAAUUGGUCAUCAGCAUUAGCAUUCAUGCUAACACUGCCAUGCUAGUCUCUCACAUGCCAAAAAAAUGUUCCUCAGCCCCAUUUCAUUUGUCCUCAGAUAGAAGUUUUAAACAUGCAGUUACAGUGGUCAAUAUUUAAAGACAAAGACAACUAAAUUAGAUAUUGGAGGGUAGGCUACAUUUAAGUUUUAUAGAUAGCAUUGCUAACAGUGGUGUAACACUGUGUCUUAUUUAGGUGCUAUGUGACAACACUGAAAAAGAAACGUAUGCAUGACGCUACAAAUUUACACAUUUACGUGUAAUAUGUGGGGAGGAAUUUUCACACAUGAGAUUGUAUUGUGUGUAGAAAUGGAAACCCAAUCAAUUUUUUUCUCGUAUGUUGCUUGAUGCAGUCACAUCUAGAUCUAGACAAAAACUAUGCGCUUGUUAGGACACAGUGUUAAAAUUGCACUUCUGCUAGCUACCAAACAAAAUUAAUUUCUUUAAAAUUGGAUGUUUCAAGAAACAAAUCUUGCCAUGAUAUUUUUGACUCGCCUAGAUGAAACAUUAGCUGCGUUUCCAUUACCUUUCAAAUUGCACAAAUUGAAAAUAUGGCCAAUGGAAACACGUCAAUUUCGCAAACACUCCUAUAUUUUGCCAAAAAAAGUUGUACGCUCGCAUAAGGUGUUUUUCAUGGAAACAGUUUUUGUCGCAUUUACAGGUCACAUGGCAUUUGAGAAAGUCACAUCAAGAUUCUUUUAAAGGGACAGUUCACCCAAAAACAAACAUUCUGUCAUCGUUUGCUCACCCUCUUGUCAUUUCAAACCUUUAUGACUUUCUUCUGCAGAACACAAAAGAAUAUAUUUGGAAGAAGGGUUCGCAACCCACCAUAAAACCCAAAAGAAGUUGGGUAAGAAUAACUUAUUGCGAGAACAAAAAGUUACAUUUGUGUCAUAUAACAUCAUUAACAUUGAAAAUGCUGUCACAUAACUGCUACAUUUUUUUAUCAACAUUUAGAAAAUGUUGCAUAUGUUUUGUGCAAAUCUGUAAUGGAAACCCAUCUAUUUAUCACAGCAUUGCCAUCAACAAAAAGCUACCGUCAUGCUAACUCUCCACCAAACAUUCCACCGCUCACGAUGCUAGUCCUCACAUGCUAGUAAUUUAGCAUAGUGCAGGUAACUGGUCUACUCAAAACACCUUGAGACUUUCUGCGAACAACUAGCACAUUAGCUACUUUGUGUCUCUCUGCUAAGCAAAGGCCCCACGUGUAUUUCUACAUGGAUAAGAUUGCCAUGAGAGCAACGCUUGCUGUAUUAGUUGUGUGUUGAUGUCCAGGUAACCCACGCUCUGUCUCUGUGUUUCUGUCUUUCCUGGCCAAGGAUGUCCACUGCUUUCUUUGUUUUCCUCUCAUGUUUGUACUCGUCUGUCAUGAACGUCUUUCUCGUCCCAUGCUUUUCCUCUCCCUCCUUCAUAUUGGACAAGCUCAUGGACUCUCACCAUCUUAGAAUUGUAAAAUAUGAUUUUGUAUUUAUUUGCGAGUUUUACACUACUUUAAGUUAUUAAUUUGCACAUUAGGUACCAAUGUAAAUAGCCAGAGAAAAGAGACAAAAUAAGAUUAGUUUAUUGUUUACAAUGGUGUCCGUGUGGUUCUUUCAAUUGUUUGGGUUAUUCUAUAAACCUUGUGCCUUUUCCAGUCAGUAUACUUUUUAACACACAGAAAAGUUGAUAUGGACAAUUUUUGUUAGUUUUUUUUACUUACAUGAAUAAAAGGGACCCAAAAUAGAGUGGUCCCAUUUUUGCACUAUGGAAGCAAGGUGCAUGCACGUGUGCAUCUACGACUUGCAUGUGCCAAUAGGCUUGCAUGUCUGCGAGUGUGUUUUUCGUCAGUGUCGUGUAAUUUGAGCAGUGCCCUAGGCUGCUGUUUCAGUCUGCAGCAUACAACACCCACAUAAGACCGUGUGCCUUCUAGUAUGAUUGAUCCUGUGAAACUCGAAUAGAAUCCUGUUUAAAAUUGCACGUCCUGCGCUGAUUCAGUACUUGGUGUUGGUUGUGAAACACGUCUUAAAGACGCAUUUGUAUGAAACGCAGCACCGAACAGCUGCCCCGCAGGUCACCUGUCUAACAUCUGUCAAGGGCCCCAAACUUACAAUGAGCUCCCUGUCAUGCUGCAUUACAGCUUGAGACAGACAUUCUUAGCAUACUGUACACAGAAGUAUUUUACAGGCCUGGAAUUUAAGACACUUAAAAAAGCGUUCUUAAAGCGUCUACUUAAAAGCGUUCCUGGUUAUAGAAUGAUGUUUUAAGUAUGAGUUCGGCCAAGAACUUUUGUCAUAAAAUUGUCACUUUCUGUCUUCCAUAGGCUACAAAAGGGUGUUUGACAAAGACAUAGAAGUGACACAAUAGUAGUCCAUAUGAAUCAUGCUCUCUCAAAUCUCAUUUAUGCUAUUCAAAUUACACAACACAAGAACCAGUGACUUUUAGCAUCAUUGGUGAUACAUGUAUGUUGUGCCAUAUUUUAAUUUGAAUAAAUGAGAUAUGGAAGUUGUGGUAAUUAAAUAGUAAAUGAAUAAAUUAAAUGUUGGUCUUUUCUUUAAAUUAUGUUAGCGUGGCUUAAGAAGGCUAAGAAUAUUAUGGUAGUUUUGUUAUUUUAAGAGUUUGACAGCUUCAGGGGCCAGUUGCAUAAACUUAGCCGCUAAGUUAAGAAUGCGUCUUAACAGUCUCACUGACUAGCAAUUAUUUAGGACCAAUCAGUCUUAAAUUUCAGAUUUCAAUUAGACAAAUCUACCUUUUUAUGUAACUGACCUUAAGUUAUGACCAUUCUUGAAGAAAAAAAUUAGAUGACUAACUUGUAAGACUAGUCUAAGUAGUUUAUGCAACCGGCCCCAGGUCACCAUUCGCUUUCAUUAUAGGAAAAAAAAGAGGUGUGUUAACUUUCUGCUGCACUGCAAAAAAAUAUCUUUUUUUAGUAUUUUUGUCUUUUUUUUAAAAGUACAACCUAAACAUCUAAACAUUCCUAACUAGAUACAUUUGGUUAAAAAGUAAAAUGACCUAAGAUAUUUAGUCUUAGCUUUAAAAAAUAAUAAUUUUACAGUAAUUUAUUUUACAGAUUUUUGUUUCUGAAAAAGACUGUAAAUUUACAGAGAAAGCAAGAAAACAACACUGUUAUUUUACAGUAUUUACCUGGCGCUACAGCUUCUGGAAAAUUACAGUUUUUACAGGAUUUUUUUACACAGUUGUAUUGUAAAAACUAUUGACUUUGCCAAUGGGGUAAAAAAAAAUUAAUUUAAGCUUCUAAUUAAUUCAAGCUUAUUUUGUUGUCAUGGUGGCAGAUAUUUUUCUUAUUUAUUUUUUUACUUGCUUCUUAUGUACUUUUGCUCAAUAGUUUAAAAUGCAAAAUGGGUCUCUUACCCUUUUGUCAUCAAAUGUCAUGUGCAUAAUGCGUGGGAAGUUUUUAUGAGGUUUUUGUUAAGAAAUAAUACACCCACAAGGAUCUCAGACACACCUACACAAAUAUUCUUACAACUGACUGAGAGCAGAUACUGAAAAUAUAAAUUUGCUAUAAUGCAGGACGUAUAAUUCAGUUUUCUUAAGCUUUUUCAAAGUUGCAAAAUGACUUUCUAAUCGUGUCAUUGUAUUUGUACCUCUGGAGGGCUAGGCAAAGGGGAAAGAUGUUUUUCUUUUCAGAGGGUCACGUGAACAGUCAUCUCUGCGCUAAGCAGCGUGCUCAAAAACACCGAAUAGAAUAGAGAAUAGAAUAGAAUGAGCUUUAUUGGCCAAUUAUGUUUCCACAUACGAGGAAUUUGUUAUAGUGACAGAAGCUCCACAGUGCAACAGAAAGACAGCAACAGGACAGAACACAGAUGAUAAAAAAAAUGAAAUAAUAUACAAUAAUAUAGAAAUAGGCAAUGUACAAAAAUGUAAAAAACACAAUAUAGACACAGUGCCAUCAAUCAGCACAACGGCCCCUUUAUGGCUCUCCCGUGACCUAGUUUGCAUUUGUGUGUAACUCUCUUCAAAACAUUACACACUCUCUGUACUGAAUUGCUAAAAAAUGAAAAAAUAGCAAAAGUUCAUCCAGUGCACACAAUGUGUGUCUGUGCAGAGAUGGUUGUGAUCUAGUGUUAAUGGAGAUAAAGAUGGAACAAUGUACAGUGUGCUCAACUGGGACAUGAUGCUGUCAUGUGUAUAUAGGACUGAAUGUUAGAGGUCUUGUGACAUGACUGCCAGUGCGUUUUUGUACUGUAGCCUACAGUACGCAGGGCUAAAGGUUACUUUUAAAAUGUAUCUCACUACAGAUUACAAAAUACAUGCUUUAAAAAGUAAUACGUUAGUAAUAACUUUUUAAGUAAUAAGUAUUUCAUUAGAUUACACAAGUUUUGUAACUUAAUCUAAAUACUUAAGAAUACUUUGAAAUACUAAUAAGGUACGUAACACAAAGGGAUCACCAAACAGAGGACUUGGCUUUCCUCUGCAUAUUAUUUUAAACAACAGCAGUUUUACCCAGUUCAGUUUCCCUCAUUGGACAUUAUAGUCCACAAAUGUGAGUGUAAGUCUCACAAUUCUAAGAAAAGAAGUCAGAAUUGUGAGUUAUAAACUCACAAUUGUGAGAAAAAUGUCAAAACUGAGAGACAAAAAGUCGCUCAAACAAGAAACUCACGAACAACUACCACAAAACAUGAAAACAGUCGUCGAUCAUUCAGGUAACGACAGACAGACAAUAAAGAUUCAAGGGUACAUGUAUUUACAUUUUUUUAUGUGACAAUUUGUAUAAAUUCAGUCAGUUUGUCUUUUGGAGUACAGUAUACUGUAUGUAAACGUCUUUUGUGUGAAAUAGCUUUUUCAGGACAGUACUAAAUACAAUUAACAUGAAACUUCUAUGAAACCAAAUCCCUCUUAUUUUGUUAAAAUUAUUCAAAUUUUGCAAAUUCGGCAAGGGGAAUGAAACUUAUGAGUAUAACUUUACUUUAGGAUGCUUUUGCAGAUUGCCAGAGUCAGAGAAUUACAGAUUGCCGUUUACAUUAAUUGCCUUACAGUUUAUAUUAAUGUUUAAAUGAAAUACAUGACAUUAAAAUUCAUAGUAAUCACUUUGGUGAUCUAAAAUACUUUUCGGAUGUAACUGUAAUUUGAUUACCACCCAUUUAAAAGUAACUGUAAUGAAAUACAGUUACUCAAAUUUUGUAUUUUAAAUAAGUAACUAAGUUAUAUGUAUUUCGUUACCCCCCAGCCCUGACAGUACGUGAGCACAAGGCGGUAAUAGUACACUACUGCGUGGGUCUUUCACAGUAGCAUUAUUCCAUCUGGUUCAAGAUGUUCAGUUUAAACAUAUAGUAGGAAAAUCCUUCCAAGUCAUACAAAUAUAGAAAUUACGACUUUUCAGUGCACAACACACAUAACUGUUGGAAGUUUCACCACCACCCUGAAAGCAUCAAUAGAUCAACAGCUGCUGACAUUUGUACUGCAAAAUCUAAUUUCAAAAUAUCCUCUGAACAAAGAUAAUAAAGUAACUUGAGCAAAUAUUUUUAGUAGGAGUAAAUUUUUUUGUUUGUGUACACUGUAAAAAACUGCAAUUCUAUGGAAUUUGUUGUUUUUGUUUUACUGAAUUUUCACAUAUUCUUGAAAUACGGGUAAAAAUGUCAAAUUACAGAAACCUAUACUGUAAAACAUGUCGGGUGAAAAAUAAUAUGAAAACAUGUCAUGUUACUUUACAAUUUUUUUUAAACAUUUUUUUCUGGUGGCCCAUCUUAACAAUUUAAGUUGUUUCAUCUGAUUUCCCUUUAUAAGUGUAGUUGAAAGAUAUUUUACAUUAAUUUAUUGAGUUGAAAAUUGCCGUGAAAUGUACAGCAAAUUAUCUUAAAAUUUCAAGUCAAAAUGUACGUUUUUAUUUCUUAGUGUGUGGAUUAAAAACUAAGCAUUAAAAACAAGUUCAUCAAAAUAUGUAAAAUGUAAUAAACUUCGUAAACCCACAAACACUGGAUUUACUGGAUUUUACCUUCCACACAUUGGCACUAACACCUGUAGUUAAAGGAUUAAGUUUAAUUUGGGGUGUUAAUGUUGUAUUACAGUAGAUAAUAUGAACUGCGACCUAAAGAUCUUUUGUGUGGCACGUAUUGUUACGAGAUGCUUUUUACAUUCUUUGAAUAAAAGUACAGAAUGAGACAAGACUUUAUAGCUUUACUCUGCAGUUGCUUCACCCUCCGCCCAUGUAAAAUGAGCAGACACUGUGUGUGUGUGUGUGUGUGUGUGUGUGUGUGUGUGUGUGUG